AUGAGUCUACUCCACCUACCCGAUGAACUAUUGCUGGAUAUAACCGAUAGGUUGGAUUUUCGCGGAAUCUCCAACUUCCGAAAAGUGAAUCGCCACCUUCGAUCUCUUCUCGAUACGUAUCCGCCGACACAUAACUUCAGACACCUUGGCAUAGAAACACACCAAUAUGGCGUUGAAGUGAGUUAUACAUCACAAAAUGGAACAGAAUACGAUAAUAUGUACAAGACGGAAAAUGCCAAAAUCAAUUAUAAUGGCAACAAAGAAAUCAUUGGAGAAGAUUUUGUGAAGAUGUUCGGUCGAGACUUCAAGUUGGCCCUAUCCUACCAGAAAUCUCCAUUGCCUACACUUAUUCUAAAUGCGGAAAAACAAACUUCAGGUGGAGAAGAGAUCGCAACAAUUCUAAAAUCCCGUUCUAAACCACUACCAGUUAAAAAUCUGGAGCUGAUUGUGAACAAUCAAAGUGAAGCGCUCAUCAUUCUCCCUUUUGUGGACCCAAAUGUUUUGGAAGCUAUUCAAUUGUUUCAACUUGAGCAGGGUCAGGAUAAACCACAUGUGCCGUUAAAACCCGAGGAGUUUGAACAUCUAACACCGUGGAAGUCUGCGCCUUUAUUGUUUUCUGAUUUCUGGAUUCAAGACACCUCGAGUCUCCAUCAUUUUCUUCAUUUUCAAACAGUCAUCGUUAGGGCGGAGAAAGUGUAUUUGAAGGAUUUGUUCAUGCUGAGAGAUAUACUCCUCAACAAGACCCACUCACUUAUCGAUAUCUCAUUUGAGUAUUCUGAGUUCCCUGGAUUGGAUUCAAUUGGACAAAUGCUGAAUGUAGAUGUAGGUGCAGGACUGCCAGAACACGCCUACUACAAAAUUCCAAACUCUAAUGACUAUCUGGUAGUCUCCGUUAAUUUCUUCAUGAUUCGUUUUGAACGACUUGAUUCUGAAUAUGUUCAAUAUGUUGAAGAUACUUCUUCAGACUUUUUUGUGGUUUGA